AUGUUGGUGUUAUGCACCGUGAGAUGCAGCAUGAGCCACCAGCUCCUGCACUGCACUGCACCCCCGGUCACCCCCGGCCGGACGGGAAGAGAUGUGGGCGGGAUGGGUGUCGGAAGGGCAGGAGGUGGCGAAGAGGGGCGAGGUGGUGGCGUGUUGGACUUGCAGAGAGUGAAACGGGGAGCUGGGGACCUGCAUGCAUAUGGGCUCGUGUGCAUUGGCCCUGAUAGUGUUUUCGUGGGCAUGUGCCACAGCCUUAUGGAGACGCCGAGGCAGGAAGAGCAGGUGAGGCCAGCCAAGAUGGUAGCAGAGGCAGCAAGCAAUGUCAAGAGCAUGGCGAGGAUGAGCCAUGAGACCCGCACCCUCACGAAUGUGACCUUCUGCCUUGCCACGUGCAUCAAGCAGGCCACGGUCACUCGCUACGUUUCUGGAGCAGAGAGGGCCUUCAGCCGGACAGCCGCAUCGACUCGGACAUGCCACACUUCUUCUGACCUUCUCUCCACUCCCCAUCCCUCACCCUUUGCCUCCUCUCUCUUCCCCCCCCACUCUUCCACCUUUCCCCUCUUCCCUCCCUCUCCCUCUCCUCCCUUCUCAUAA